AUGAAGAUGGCUCCAUUUCCAGACGAAGUGGAUGUUUUUACUGGCCCACACUGGCGAAUGAAGCAGCUGGUGGGCCUGUAUUGUGAGAAGGUUCGUACAAAUCUGUCGAAUACCAACUUCUCAAACAACAACGACUUCCGCUCCUUUCUUCAGUCCCUCUGCGCCACCUUCAAGGAGUUCAAGAUGCAUGAACAGAUAGAAAACGAGUACAUUAUCGGCCUGCUGCAACAACGCUGCUGCACGGUCUACAACGUGCACUCUGACAACAAGCUGUCAGAGAUGCUGUCCCUCUUUGAGAAGGGGCUCCACAACGUUAAGAGUGAGUAUGAGCAGCUUAACUAUGCCCAGCAGCUAAAGGAGAGACUGGAGGCUUUCACGCAGGACUUUCUGCCCCACAUGAAAGAGGAAGAAGAGGUGUUUCAGCCUAUGCUUAUGCAGUACUUCACCUACGAGGAGUUGAAAGACAUCAAGAAACAGGUGAUAGCGCAGCACUGCAGCCAGCAGCAGCUGGACUGUGCUGCCGAGGUGCUGAAGGGCUUCAGUUUGUGGACCCAGGCAGAGGAGCUGCAAAAAGUCUUUAAAUAUGCUGACCACGAGAAGACGGAUUAUGAACUGGAAAAGAACAGGAACUCCUCAACCUACAUCUCCCAGCUCCCUGCAGAAAUCAUGUUGAGGCUGUUCCGUUAUUUGGGUCCCAGCGACCUGUGUCGCUGUAGUCAGGUGUGCAGUGCGUGGGCAGAGUUGGCCAAGACAGGCUCUCUGUGGAGGCACCUUUAUCCUGUGCGCUGGGCCAGAGGUGAUUACUACAGUGGUCCCCCUGGGGAUCUGGACCAGGAGCCAGAUGAAGAGUGGGUGACGAGUCGGCAGAACGAGGGUCGGGCGUAUCAGGAGUGGGAUGAGGAUGCUGAUGUUGAUGAGUCUGAUGUGUCUGGUCACAAAGAAGGCUCUCUAGCGAUCAGCACUGCCCAGCAGGAGAAGAAGCUCCUGAAUGGGAUCAUCCAGAACCUUCUUCCAGCUGUGGGGCCGUCUGUCAAGUCCAUUAUUUUGGCUUACAGUUCUACGGUCUCAAGUAAAAUGGUCCGUCAAAUUCUCAGCCUCUGCCCCAAUAUCACUUACCUGGACCUGACUCAGACUGAUGUUACAGAUUUUGCUUUUGACAGCUGGCUGUCUCUGGGGGCGUGCCGCUCCCUGGAGCACCUGGAUCUGUCCGGCUGCGAGAAGAUCACCGACAGCACCCUGAAGAAGCUCUCCUUCGGGCUGGGCGACCUCACGUCCUCCACCUGCUCCGACAAGCGCUCGGACCGGAGGGCCAAGCUGCUGAAGAGCUGCCCGGCGCCCAUCGUGCUGAGGGAGGAGCGCAGCCUGCGGGCGGCGGGGCGCCAGCAGCAGGCCUUCAUCUUCAAGCCCGGCCGCUGGGGCGCCGUCCCCACGCCCGUGUGGGUCCUGGACACCUCGGACCUCGCCGACAUCGAAGACGCCGCCGAGUGGAGCCGGCGGGGCGGGGCGCCGCUGCCCGAGAGCUUUGUGGAGGCGCAGCUGCUGGGGGGCCCGUGCUGCUGCCGCAGGGGCCGGAGGCGGGGGCACAGGACCGGCCCCGACGCCUCCUACCUGCGCCAGACCUACGCCGUGGCGGGGGACGUGCUCUGCGGCCACUCCAGCUGCUGCUCCGCCGACGCGGCCCUACGGACUCUCACGGGCCCACAGAGCGACUCGGGCGCUGCCAGGAGCAGCGCCGCAGAUUUAAGGACUCAUUGCCCCCCCCUGGGGCGGCUGCAGCACGUGGAGCCCCAAAACAGAACUGACCGCUCGGGGGCAAAGCGCUCCCUGAAAUUCCUCAGUCUCUCGGGAUGCUACCAAGUCACAGAUUUAGGCCUGAGGGCCUUGUCUCAGCGGGGCGGGCUUCCUGUGCUGGAGCACCUCAACCUGUCCGGCUGCCUGUUUAUCACCGAGGUGGGGCUGCAGGAGCUGGUGUCCGCCUGCCCCUCCCUCAAUGACGAACACUUCUAUUACUGCGACAACAUAAACGGUCCCCACGCCGACACAGCCAGCGGCUGCCAGAACCUCCAGUGUGGUUUCAGAGCUUGCUGUCGCUCCGGGGAGUGA